CUGCAGUACCUCGGGCAUGUCCAGUCGUGGUUGUCCAAUGGCGACCUCAAAGAUGGCACGGGCUCGGUCCACGUCGCCCAGGAUGGUCUCCAGCUCAGCAAACUUGAUCCAGGUGGUGCAGUUCUCAGGACUGAACUCCAGGUAUUUCUCGUACAACUUCCUGCAGCGGUCAAACUCCCGCAGCUGCAGCUCCAGCUCGAUGUAGCCCUUCAGAAGUUUGUUUUUUGGACAUUUCCCAAUGGCUGUGCCCUGAAAAGGAGUACCUUCAAUAAAUAUUUCACUCUUCACCCGAGAGUGCGGGGCCACAAAGACAACAGUUCAGCCUCACCAUGACCUUUCUCGCUCCCUGUAGAUUCUUCUGUCGUAUCUCAAACUGAGCGUACAGCAGCCAAAUCUUUGCGAAGGUGAACUGAGAGAGACCAGACGAUUAUCAAAUGUGCUCACGAUGCAAACGACACUGACUUACUUUUUUGUGAGGGAUCAGAUCCAAGCAGGCCUGGUACACCUGCCUCGUCCUGUCAACAUCCUGACAACAGACACAAUGUAGUCCCCAUUAAGAAUUUGUACUUAGCAAAGCGCGUACAGUACGACGACGUGAGGAGAACAGCGCCCACCAUGACCUCCAGCUCUUCGUACAAUGCGUAGUUUAUCCACAGGUAGAUGUAGCGUCUCCAGUGCCUCUUCUCCUGGAUGGGCGGGACAUUGGCAAUGGCACGCUCGUACACGUCUCGCACUGUAUCGGGAUCUGCGUCGCUCUCCACCAGGCGGAGAUAAUCGAACCAGGCAUCGUAGUUGUGUGGGUUGGCCUACACACACACAAACAUGAGCAAAGAGAAGCCACGGAGGGACCCACUGAGAUGAGAGCAAUCAGUGUCCACCUUGACUUCCUCCUCGUACUGGAACCUUCUCUUGCUGACGAUGACGUCCUCGAUUCCCCGCCGGUCUCCAAAUUUCUUUUCGAACACUGUGUAGUUCUUAAAGAGCUCCUGGGCCUGCUGCUUCGGGAUCCUGUCCAAAGCGUACUUGUAGAUCACACGGACCCGCUCAAACUGACAAGGCAGAAACAUCAGUGAGUGCACCAUCUUUGUGUGUGGACAAGAGCACAUAUGAGAGGAACGACGGCACAAACUGACCUCCUUCUGAGUCUCCUCAAACUUGGCAAAGGCAACAAAGAGAUUCUCGUCCACGUGCUCCUCCCCGAAGAACUCCACGGCCCGCUCGUACACCUUCCUGCUGUGAGAGAUGUAACCAUGCUUCUCCUCAAAACGAGCAUACUUGAUCCAGUUCUUCACCUCAGGGUGAACCAUGACGAGUGCAGAGGAGUUAAGGAGCAAGCUCUGCGUUUGCAAAUGUAAUCGUCACUAAGAAGAGGCGGCGGUCGAAGGAUAUAUCUCUCGUAGAUGCUGCGAGCUUUGUCCACUUCCUUGUAGCGCAGCUCAAAGUUGAUGAAGGAAUGCCACGCCUGUUCUUCCGGCUCCCACUCCAUCCAGCGCUCAAACGUCUGCCUGCAGCCCGCCACGUUGCCCAGCAUCUCCUCCAUUAGAAACUUCAAGACAGGAUGAGGACCAUAACUUCAAGCAGCGGGCAAGUGGAAAGAGUGAGCGCCAGGAGGAGUGAAUCAGCUGAUGCUGAGGGCAUCGCCCGCCUCAUCUCCCCUACGGCCGAGGAGCUUUUUGGUCCAGUCAACGUCCUUCAUCUCCUGGAAAAAGCCAACCUGGCGGUGACCUUGGCCAAUGACAAGGACGAGGUGGUGGCCCACGCGUCGUUCUUCAACUAUCCUGCUGGGGAGCUGGUGGAUGCUGCUGACUGGGAAACGUUCCUGCAGAAAGGCUUCAUAGCUGAGGCCUUCACGCCUUGGAACACUCUCUUCAUACACCUGUUUGUGUCGGAGCACGGCUUCAUUACGGCUAGCUUUCAGCACAUCAUCAGGGCAGUGUUCAACACCACAGCUGAGCUUGAAUACGUGUGCCUGCUGAGCCCGAAAUCUGUCUGCUUAGAACCAUCUCUGGCAGACAUGUUUGAGCCUCUGCAGCGUCUGACAGAAAACAAAGAAGAAGAAGAUUCUCAGCUGUCAGCAUUGAUGUGUCACAGAAAUAGACUUUGUCCAAGACUUCUUGUCCGUCCUGCCAGGGUUGAAGACCAUGAUGACGUCAUGCACAUUGUGGCUGAGCAGACCAAGCUGCUGUCCUACAUGGACCAGCCUUACUUCCUGUCGGAGCUCAUCGAGGCUCAGGACGAGCACAACCACGCUGCUGUUUGUGAGUGCGACGGCGCCAUCACGGGUUUCAUCAGCGUCACUGCUGAGGUGGACUUGAGGAGACUGCAGGAACAUUUUGACCUGAGACACUUUGAUGGUUUGUGCAAACGACAACAAGGCGACAAUCCUCCUGAUGAGGCGGAAAAACCAGAACCAGAGCCAGAACCAGAACUAGAACCAGAACCAGAAACAGAACCAGAACUAGAACCAGAACCAGAACCAGAACCAGACCCAGACCCAGACCCAGACCCAGAACUAGAACAACAAGAGCAUUCUACUUCACUCCUGCAGGAGUCUUGGACCUCAGCGGAACCCAACGCCUUCUGUAUCCAGUUCUUCUUCUCGGAGAAGAACUACGAGAUCAGAUCACUGGACUUUAUUCCAUACAUUUUCCAGCUCUUCCCUGACCUGGACUUCUGCAUCAUCACCGUGCCAACCUUGUCUCCAGACUUCCCGCUCCUGCAGAACUUCCUGAGAGUUCCUCCACAAGCCAGCAGCUUGUUGCCCUCUGACCUCUACAUCCUGCACCGUGAUGGGCUCAGGUCUGUCACAGUGCGACCGGCGACCGCUUCUGACCGGCCGGCUGUGUCCGACCUGGUGCUGGAUUUGAGGAUGGCCGACGCCCUGCUGAAGGACCUGGACCUCGUCUUGACCCCCACUGACACCGCCGGGUGUCCUCUGCAGGCCUUCGUGGCCGAGGUAGACGACAAUCUCGUUGGCACGCUGAUCAUCAGAGAUGAGAAGGACAUGGAGUACAUUCGGGCCCACUACAACAUUGAGAACUUCAUCUACUUCAGCCAUCACGGCGACCAGGAGCAUGCGCAGGUCCGUCACUUUGUGCUCAAGCGUUGCUUCCAGCACUUCAGCAAACACGUGUUCAAGGAGACUCUGCGGCUGGCCCACAAGUCCUGCUUGUACCACCGGGUGUACCCGCUCAGCUCCAGCCAGGAGGACUGCUGUGUCCAUCAGCUGGAUUUUGUCUUCAACUGUGCCGUCCCCGUGCGUCCCAGACGUCAGAUCAUCUAUCCUCUGAAGGAGCUGGGCAUCAACGCUCCUGCCAGGAGCAUCACGGAGCUGCAGGCUCCCUUUGCUCUCAGCCUCAUCUGCCGCAAGCUGACCAUGGAGCCAAAGGUCACGGUCAAUGCCAGGAUUGUCCUGGUGGGGGCGUCCAACACGGGCCUGUCCUUCCUUGAGGUGCUUUGUUUCUGCCCUCAUCUGAGAUUCAACAACCUCACCCUCAUCUCAACGCACGGUUUCCCCGACGACCGCAGCCUCCGUGGCGCCAAGUUCCUGUCCACAAGCCAUGCCUACAGCGGCAGAGACCUGGACCAGCUGCCUCUGCGCUUCUGCGUUGCUGAGGUCGCCGCCAAGAUGGUCGGCAUCGACAGGAAGUCCAAACACGUGCUGGUGUCCAGCGGUGCUAAGAUUCCUUACGACUACCUGGUCCUCUGCACGGGCCUGCAGUACCAGGUUCCGUGCCCAACAGAAGCGGAUCAGAACCAGGUGGACACAAACAACCAGCUGCAGGGGCUGACCUGCCCACCCAGGUACACUGGGCCGGUACCGUCCAAUUUGUUCACUUUCAACGACCCCCACGACUGUGCGACCGCCCGCCAGUGGCUGCUCGACAACUUUUUGAGGACGAAAGAUAACGCCAUCGUCUAUGGAAACAGCAUCGACGUUUUCACCACCGUGGAGAUGUUGCUUCGUAUUGGAGUGCGAGGGCCCCGUAUUCACCUGGUCCUGCCUCCUCUGGAACGUGUCACCUGUAGCAACCCGCCUCCUGAUGCUGACCUGUCCAGUGAACCGCCUCCUGGCUGUGCCGCAUCUACGGAUUCAUCACCUGAGAGGGAUGGGUCAGUGGAGAAGUCACUCCCAGACUCUGACCCAGCUCCUGAGCCCAGUGUAUCUAAUGACCCGCCUCCUGACUAUGACAUAUCCAUGUAUCCCCCACCUAAGGGUGAUGAUUCCAGUGACUUGCCCUCAAAGCCCAGUGUAUCCAAUGCCUCGCUACCUGAGAGUGACGUCCCCAGUACCUCACCUCCUGAGCCCAGUGUCUCCAAUGAACCGCCUCCUGAACCCAAUGACUCGCCUCCUGAACCUAGUGUGUCAGAUGAACCGCCUCCUGAAACCAGUGUAUCUGGUGACCCUUCUCCUGAGGCCAGUGUCUCAGAUGAAACGCCUCUUGAACCCACUGCCUCAGAUGAGCCAUCUCCAGAGGCCAGUGUCUCAGAUGACCCGCCUCCUGAUCCCAGUGUCUCAGAUGACCCGCCUCCUGAGCACAAUGUAUCUGAUGACCCGCCUCCUGAUCCCAGUGUAUCCGAUGACCCUCCUCCUGAGGCAAGUGCAUCCGAUGACCCGCCUCCUGAGGCAAGUGAAUCUGAUGAUCCACCUCCUGAGCCUGGUGUCUCCAAUGAUCAGUCUCCUGAGGCUGGUUUAUCCAAUGAACCGUCUCCCGAGCCCGGUGUAUCCAAUGAUCCGUCUCCCGAGCCCGGUGUAUCCAAUGAGCCGUCUCCCGAGCCCGGUGUAUCCAAUCACCCGUCUCCCGAGCCCGGUGUAUCCAAUGACCCGUCUCCCGAGCCUGGUGUAUCCAAUGACCCGUCUCCCGAGCCCGGUGUAUCCAAUGACCCGUCUCCCGAGCCCGGUGUAUCCAAUGACCCGUCUCCCGAGCAUGGGGUAUCCAAUGACCCGUCUCCCGAGCCUGGUGUAUCCAAUGACCCGUCUCCCGAGCCCAGUGUAUCCAAUGACCCGUCUCCCGAGCCCGGUGUAUCCAAUCACCCGUCUCCCGAGCCCGGUGUAUCCAAUGACCCGUCUCCCGAGCCUGGUGUAUCCAAUGUCCAGGCUCCCGAGCCCAGUGUAUCCAAUGACAUAUCUCCUGAGCCCAGUGUUUCCAAUGAGUUGCCACCUGAGAGUGGUGUCUCCAAUGACCCGGCUCCUAAGCCCAGUGUCUCCAAAGACUCGCCUCCUGAGGCCAGUGUCUCCAAUGAUCCCCCUGCUGAGCCCAGUGUCUCCAAUGCCCCGCCUGCUGAGGCCAGUGUCUCCGUUGAUUCGCCUCCUGAGGCCAGUGGCUCCAAUGAAUCUCCUGCUGAGCCCAGUGUCUUCGUUGAUGUGCCUCCUGAGACCAGUGUCUCCAAGGAACCGCCUCCUGAGCCCAGUGUCUCCAAGGAACCGCCUCCUGAGGCCAGUGUCUCCAAUGAAGCGCCUCUUGGCUGUGACUCAUCCAUAGAUCCACCGCCUGAGAGUCGUGUCUCCAGUGAACCACCCCGUGAGCCUAGUGUUUCCUACUUUGCUGACCCGGCUGUGGAGAGCGCUGUGAUGUCAGCCAUGAAGAAGGCCCACGUGCAGGUCCACCGAGACUGCGUGCUGACCCAUAUGAAUAAUGGAGGCCAUCCUGAUCCUCUCACGUCGGUUUCUUUUAGCACCGCUUCAGAACCUCUCCACCUGCGAUGCGGAGUGUUCAUCAACCUGUCCAACAAAGGAGUGGACUACGACGCCUUUAGGAGCAUCAGCAGCUCCUUCCUGGUCUUCGACGGCCGGCUGGUUAUCGACGCCAUGUUUCACACUAACGACGCUGCCAUCUGGGGCGCGGGCCCACUUACCAAAUUUUCUCGGUCAUACUACAGCGAAGAGUGGUCCCACGCCAACUUCAACUCCAAGGAGGUGGGCCAGGAGCUGGCGGCCAUGUUGCUGACCCACUUCGACCCCACGCUAGAGCCGGCUGACGAGUCCCCAGCCGCCUCGACCCGACUGGUUCCCAUUUACACACAACCCAAGAUCCAAGGUGGGAAGUUACCAGGAAGAUUAAACUAUCUUCACGUCACCAAAUCAGCUGCCAGCGGCCUGCCAGGACUUCCUGUUGGAUGCGGCCGACACGUGGCGACGGGCCAGGCGGAGAGCGGCGACUACUUCUGUCUGCACCUGGACCACAACGAGGUGGUGGAGACCCUCACCUGCUUGUCGAUGAAGCCCCUCCCCGUCCCCAACCUCCUGUGUCUGUACGGCAAACACCAGCAGCUCCUGGGUCAGCUCCUGAUCCGCCUACAUCUGGGUCAGAUCCAGGACCUGUACAGUUUCUUCAAGCAGAGCUGGUGUCUGGCCAUCUUUCACGACCGCUUCUCUGACUUUGAGGAGGAGCUUUUUCAUUUCACCUCAGCCAACGUGAAGGAUGGCGAGUUGACACACAGGGUGACAUUAGACGAGGGCGUCCCCGCUCAGCACGUGCUGAAGGACGCUGCCACUAGAGCAGCGCUGAGGAGGAGCGCUGCCAAGUAUUUGUCUUUCAACAGAAACCUGCUGCCCAUGUUCACCUGCCCGCUGGACAAGUAACACCCCUUCCUCCCUAUUUUGAAUCCCAACUUUGAUUCGAUUAAGAAAUAAUUUUAUUAUUUUUACUUUCACUGUAGUAGCGGAACAUUGACCGACUUCAUUAGAUACACUAAUGAGAGCCAAUUCAUGAUAAUGCAGACUUUUGAUUGACAGUCAUUUCAUGUUUAUUAUUGUGCUUGCAUGACACUGAGCGGUGUCCCUAAUAUUCUGAGCGCCUUAUUGAGGUCACUUGAAUGGUUUAUUAAGUGUAAAAUGAAAAAGUGUAAAUUAAGUGUAGGAAAUAAGAACCAUACGCUCUUCCAGCUGUAUGCUAAUGAGGCACACAUACACACAACAAACAGCUGUUUGUCAAAUAUCACAAGUUAGCAUCGCAAUGAACAAACAUGAUUAUUAUUUUCUAUGUUAGAUGAUGCCAACUUUUAUACUUCUAUUGGCUGCUCAGGUCACAUGACCACAUGUCAUUCCACCAUAACUUUUCAUAAUCACUUCAGCCCAUUUGGACCCCCCGCCCCCAAAAACACACAUGAUUACACUCAGCACGUGCCUGUGACACCCCCUCCCAAUGGGACCCUUCUAAUGUGACCCCCUCUUACCCCCAAUGUGCCCC